AUGGCGCCCACCGAAGAGAAGGAAGCUGACUACAGCCUCAACAACCCAGACACGCUGACCAAGUACAAGUCGGCUGCCCAGAUCUCCGAGACCGUGCUGGCCGCCGUGUCUGAGCUGUGUGUUGCCGGCGCCAAGAUCGUCGACAUCUGCGAGAAGGGAGACGUGCUGAUUGCCGAGGAGCUUGCUAAGGUCUUUCGCGGAAAGAAGGUCAACAAGGGUUUCUCUCACCCGACGACCGUCUCGCCGUCGUCAUUUGUCACGCCCUACACCCCCCUGCGGACGGACGAGAGCGAGGCCAAUGCAGAGCUCGUGGCCGGCGAGGCCGUCAAGAUCCAGCUCGGCGCCCAGAUCGACGGCUUCGGCUCGAUCGUCUGCGACACCGUCAUCGUGCCCGGCGAGGACAAGACAGCGCCCGUGACAGGCCGACAGGCCGACCUGAUCCUAGCCACGUACUACGCCAACGAGCUGUUGCUGCGGCUGAUGCUGCCCGCCGGCCUGCUGGCUGCCGGCACCGACGAGGAGCGCGUCAAGGCGGCUGCGGCCAAGCCCAUCACGCAGACCCGCAUGACCGCCCUGCUCGAUCGCGUGGCCAAGGCGUACGACUGCAGCCUGGUCGAGAACACGACCUCCUGGCUCUUCGGCCACGACGAGAUCGAGGGCAAGAAGAAGAUCAUCCUGGCGCCCGGCGAGGGUUCCCGUGGCGAGGGCGUGCCCGAGGUCGGCGAGGUCUGGGGUGUCGAGAUCGGCCUCAGCGCCGCCUCCGGCAAGGUCAAGCAGCUCGAACAGCGCGCUACCCUGCAUCGCCGCACUGCCCAGACCCUGCGCCAGCUCGACGACGAGCGUGACGCCAAGUCUGGCGUCGUCGAGUGCGUCCGCGGCGGCGUCUUCCGCCAGUAUGAGGUUGUCGGUGACAAGGACGGCGCUCCGGUCGGCCGCCUGCUGACCACCAUCGCCAUCACCAAGAACGGCAUCACAAAGCUGGGCAGUGCCCCUGCCCUCGACCUUGAAAAGGUCAAGUCUGACAAGAAGAUCACGGACGAGGAGGUCCUUAAGAUCCUGGAGCAGCCCCUGGCAAGGAACACGGGCAACAAGAACAAGAACAAGAAGAAGAAGAAGCCCACCAAGACCGAAGAGGGCGCCAGCGAGUAA